CCUUGAAGAAACCGGUCACUUCUUCUCUGCAAAGGAAACGAAGCAACAGAAAAUGGACGAUUUCAUGAACCUGAUUUGCCCUAAUUCUCCAUCCGUAUGGGAUGGGAACAGACUUUCCAAGUGUUUUGGAAACAUUGUUUUAGGUUUUGGUGCAAAUGCAGUGACUAUUGUUAUGAUUGCUGUACUUGGAAUAAAUCAAAGGACUGGCAAAAGAAGUUNGAGGAUGAAUUUUCUGGAAAAGUUUUUCUUUCUCUUUCUUCCUGCCAUUGGAGCAUGUAUAUCCUUGUUGGACAUUGCAUUACUAUUGAAGAAAGCACAUCAUGGCUUCUUUAUUGCACAUCAUGAAUGGUUUUUCAGAUGUUCUCAGUUUGCAUCAUGGACUCUUAUCAUACUCUUCUCAAAGUGUUUCAAUGGUUGCUACAUUUUUUGCAACCGGAUCUUGUGUUUCUGGUGGAUUGUAAAACUGCUUCUGGGAAUACUUCAUUUGCUCACAGCAUAUCCCCCAUUCCAGGUCUUGUUAUGCGUUAAAGAGAUCUGUACUGUUUCAUUAGACAUCAUCUUUGGCAUAUCAAUAAACAUUAUCAGAAUAAAGCAGGCAUCAUACAAGAGAAGUUCUCUGGAAGAUUCACUUCUUUCUGCUGAUACAGAUGUUGAGGAAGGCUGCCUUAAUGAAUCUGGAGACACUCAGAGCUAUUUCGAUCUUAUGACAUUCAGAUCUAUCACUUCUGUGAUGAAUCAUGGUGUCACAAAGCAGCUUGAUUUUGAAGAUUUGCUUCAGCUUCCUACUGAUAUGGAUCCCUGUUCAUGUCAUGAUACAUUGCUUAGCUGUUGGCAAUCCCAACAGAGCAGUUGCCCUGAUCCAUCCCUGUUUAGGGCAAUUUGUUGUGCAUAUGGAUGGCCAUACAUUCGUCUGGGCUUGUUGAAGGUACUCAAUGAUUGUGUUGGUUUUGCGGCACCGUUGCUUCUCAAUAAACUGAUUCGCUUCCUUCAACAAGGUACAGAGAGUUGGGAUGGUUAUGUNCUUGCAAUAUCCUUGGGCCUCAUAUCUAUCUUUAAGUCCUUUUUGGAUACACAAUAUAGUUUUCAUCUUUCGAGACUGAAGCUAAAGCUACGAUCUAGUAUCAUCACUGUUAUCUAUCAGAAGUGCCUAUAUAUCAAUCUAGCAGAGCGAUCAAAAUUUACUGAGGGGGAAAUCCAGACAUUCAUGGCAAUAGAUUCUGAUCGUACUGUCAACUUGUGUAACAGUUUCCAUGAUAUGUGGAGCUUACCCUUACAAAUUGGGGUGGCUUUGUUCCUUCUGUAUACACAAGUCAAAUUUGCAUUUGUUGCUGGGAUUGCAAUUACCAUCUCCCUGAUACCAGUGAAUAAAUGGAUAUCUACAUUGAUUGCAAGUGCUACAAUGAAAAUGAUGAAGCAGAAAGAUGAGAGGAUAAGAAGGACAGGAGAACUGUUGACAUAUAUCCGCACUUUGAAGAUGCAUGGGUGGGAGCUUCUGUUUUCUAGCUGGUUGAUGGAGACAAGAUCAUUAGAAGUUAUGCACUUAACUACGCGGAAAUACUUGGAUGCCUGGUGUGUAUUUUUUUGGGCUACAACACCAACUCUUUUUUCCCUGUUCACAUUUGGACUUUUCGCAUUGAUGGGGCAUCAACUUGAUGCUGCAACGGUCUUCACUUGUCUUGCUCUGUUUAAUACUUUGAUAUCUCCUCUAAAUUCAUUUCCGUGGGUCAUUAAUGGAUUAAUUGAUGCCAUCAUAUCUAUCAAGCGGUUGAGCAGGUUUCUAUCUUGCUCUCAGCACAAAUCAAAACUGGAAACAACAGCUGGUUCAUCUUCACCAUAUUUCUCAAAUGACAAAUCUGAAAUUUUCCAUGAAGAUAAGGCUGUUGUAUUCAAUGAUUCAUGUUGUGCUUGGUCUAGCAGCGAUGAAAAAGACUUGGAUUUGGUGCUGAAACAUGUAACUCUAGGCAUUCCAAAGGGUUCCUUCGUUGCAGUGAUUGGAGAGGUUGGUUCAGGUAAAUCAUCCUUGUUGAAUUCAAUUUUGGGGGAAAUGCGACUUGUCCAUGGAUCAGUAUAUUCAUGUGGUUCUAUAGCAUAUGUACCACAGGUCCCCUGGAUUCUAUCUGGAACAAUACGUGACAACAUACUGUUUGGAAAGCAUUAUGAUCCCAAAAGAUACUCGGAUACUUUAGAGGCAAGUGCUCUAGACCUUGAUAUUUCAUUAAUGGUUGGAGGUGACAUGGCUUACAUUGGAGAAAAAGGAAUCAACUUGUCAGGUGGACAGAGAGCUAGAAUUGCUUUGGCAAGGGCCAUGUAUAAUGGCUCCGAUAUGUUUAUUCUUGAUGAUGUCCUAAGUGCAGUUGAUGCACAAGUUGCUCGGUGUAUUUUGUAUAAUGCCAUUUUGGGUCCGCUUAUGAAACAACAGACUCGUGUACUUUGUACCCACAAUGUUCAGGCAAUAUCUUCAGCCGAUACAAUUGUUGUUAUGGACAAAGGACAUGUCAAGUGGGUAGGAAGAUCAGCUGAUUGGCCUGUUUCUUCGUAUUCAACAUUCUCUCCACUGAAUGAAAUUGAUAUAUGUUUAAACAAUGAAAGCCAAGAAUGCAGUGCAGUCGAAGAUAUUCAUGUUGAAAGCCAACAAAAUCUCGUGCUAGAAAAAGAUACUGUGCCUGCUUCAGAUAGAACACAAGAGAUCAUUGAAGUUGAGGCACGAAAAGAGGGCAGAGUAGAACUUACCAUCUACAAGAAUUAUGCCACAUUUUCUGGUUGGUUCAUUUCAGUUGUAAUAUGCCUGUCAGCAAUCCUAAUGCAAGCUUCUCGUAAUGGGAAUGAUCUGUGGUUGUCAAAUUGGGUUGAUGCAACAAGAAGCAGUCGGAAAGAAUAUUCCACUUCCUUUUAUCUGAUUAUACUCUGCAUCUUUUGCAUUGUAAAUUCAAUUCUUACAUUAGUGAGGGCUUUCUCAUUUGCAUUUGGUGGCUUACGAGCUGCUGUUAAGGUGCAUGAUACACUGCUGAAAAGGCUUAUCAAUGCACCAGUGCAAUUCUUUGAUCAGACACCUGGUGGAAGAAUACUAAACAGGUUUUCUUCAGAUCUAUAUACAAUUGAUGAUUCUCUCCCCUUCAUUCUUAACAUUCUUCUAGCCAAUUUUGUUGGCCUGCUAGGAAUUGCAAUAGUUUUGUCAUACGUACAGGUCCUCUUCUUGCUUUUGCUAUUGCCAUUCUGGUAUAUCUACAGCAAACUUCAGUUCUUCUACAGAUCAACAUCUCGGGAGUUACGAAGGCUGGACAGUGUUUCUCGAUCUCCCAUCUAUACAUCCUUCACAGAGACACUUGAUGGCUCAUCAACUAUUCGAGCAUUCAAGUCUGAGGACCUCUUUUUUGCCAGAUUCACUGACCAGGUCAAAUUGUAUCAACAAACUUCUUACACAGAGUUAACAGCAAGUUUGUGGCUUUCCCUGCGUCUUCAGUUGUUAGCAGCAUUUAUCAUCUCAUUUGUUGCUGUCAUGGCUGUUAUUGGAUCUCAUGGCAGUUUACCAAUCAAUUUCAGUACACCAGGGUUGGUAGGAUUGGCUCUGUCUUACGCAGCUCCAGUUGUGUCUUUACUGGGAAGCUUUUUGACAAGUUUCACUGAAACGGAGAAGGAAAUGGUUUCUGUUGAAAGAGCUCUUGAGUAUAUGGACAUUCCACAAGAAGAACUGCAUGGAUCCCAAUCCUUACAUCCCAGUUGGCCCUAUCAAGGACAGAUUGAAUUCCAGAAUGUAACCUUGAGAUAUAAGCCGUCUUUACCAGCUGCACUCCGUGAUAUUAGUUUUACUAUCGAGGGCGGGAUGCAGGUCGGAUUUAUUGGAAGGACAGGAGCUGGAAAGUCUAGUGUCUUGAAUGCCCUUUUCCGCCUCACACCGAUCUGUAAAGGAUGUAUUCUUGUGGAUAGCAUAAACAUAGCUAGUGCUCCUAUCAGAGAUCUUCGUGGACAUUUCUCUGUUGUUCCUCAGACUCCUUUUUUAUUUGAAGGAUCAUUAAGGGACAAUCUAGAUCCAUUCCAGCUGAGUGAUGACUUAAAAAUUUGGAAGGCUUUGGAGAGAUGCCAUGUCAAAGAGGAAGUAGAAGCAGCAGGAGGGCUAGAUAUUCACCUGAAGGAAUCAGGGAUGUCAUUUUCUGUUGGGCAACGACAGCUUCUUUGCCUUGCACGCGCACUUCUGAAGUCUUCAAAGGUCCUCUGUUUGGAUGAAUGCACGGCUAAUGUUGAUACGCAAACAGCAUCAAUAAUACAAAAAACUAUAUCCAGUGAAUGCAGAGGGAUGACAGUUAUCACAAUUGCUCACCGUAUUUCCACUGUCUUAAAUAUGGACAGUGUCUUGGUCCUUGACCAUGGUAUCCUGGUUGAACAAGGAAAUCCGCAGGCUCUCCUGGAAAAUGAGUCCUCCAGAUUUUCAAGUUUUGCUAAAGCUUCUACAAUGUGAUUUCCGAACAAGUAUUGCUGUGCUCAUUGCUGACUUCUCGCAAUCUGCAAGUUUGAUGUACAAUAGAGGUCAUAGUUUAUUGUAAGUUUGUAGCCUAAGUUGGCAAUACUGUAAGGUCACUGUUAAAUACAAUCUAUAUAGCCAAGUAGUGUUUAACAUGCGAUAAUGAAUCUCUAAUUGACCUUAACUGGUCGGCUGCCUGGGAAAUGUAAGACCGAAAGCCACCCAUUAAUAGUUAUGUUAAAAUCCGUAGACUUUCCCUUCACAGAGGUCUAGAAGAAGCAUGAAGUUCUCUUAGUAAUAACAUCUACAGUGGUAUAAAGAUUUCCAUGGUCAUCUGAGUUAUUCAUA